CCCACGUUCGCCUUUCACGGCAAGACCCAACAUCCACAGUACCAGCAGCAGCAGCAGCAACGGCAGCCGCCGCCGCCGUACCAACAUCGCCCGCGCGAGGCGGAGCGCAGCGAACAGCACCGGUAUCACCUCCCCGCGCCGACGCAGCACCAACAACACCAGUCCUACACCCACGCCCGGACGCUUUCGAGCUCGUCGAGCGCCUGCAGCGCGUCCUCGCCCAUCACGCCCUCCGCGCUUACGGCAUCGACGUCAGCCCAGACCUUGGUGCACCGGCAUUUUUAUCCCGCUUUGGGCGACCACCGGCGCGAGCAGGAAUGGCACCAACAUCAGCAGCAGGAGCGGCAGCACCAGCACCAGCAGCAGUCGCUCGGGCACGGCCACCGUCCGCCGCGUGUGCAGGAGGGGGGCCUCACGGCGAGGACGACGCCGACGCCGAGGCUGUCCGUGUACGACCUCACGCAGGACGGGCAGGGUUCGCGGCAGCGCUUGCGCGCUGACGUCCCAACCCAAAGCGCCGUCGCUGCUGCUGUCGCGCCUCUGGUCGUUGCCGCCGAGGAAAGAGAACCGGCCCCGGCAAGAGGCGAGAACGACGACGACGACGACAACCACCACCAUCACCACCACCGAGGAGCGCCCUUCCUCCUCGUCCCGCCCGUCUGCGCGACGACGACGACGACAAUGGCAACGACGAUGACGACGAUGACGUUCCCGUCCCCGCGCCGCCGCGUGUCGUUCAGUACGAGCGCAGAACGGAGCUCGAGCCCGCCGCCCCCACUGCCCCCUACACUGCUCGGUGCGUCUCCUCCGUUGAUGCGCGCGCGGCCCCACCACCACCACGGCCCUGGCACGAGCCUCCUCGCUGCACUCGGCCCGAAGCCUGUCCGCAGGAGCGCGCUGCCGCCGCCGCUGGUGCAGGUGGGGGAGACGAGGGACAAGGGAGGCGGCAAGGGCGGGGGCGGGAGCUUGGGGCUCGUCACGCCGCCGUUGAGUGAUGGGGAGGGGCCGGUCCGGGUUGGGGAGAAGCGUUGGAGGGAGGAGAGGAGAGAGGAAGAGGAGGUUGAGGAGAAGGCUGAGGAGAAGACUGAGGAGAAGAGGGUCGAGGAGAGGACGAUAGAGAAGGCCGAAGACGAACCGCCUCGCCGCAGGCAGCGCCCGACGCUGCUCGACCUGCUCAGUGUGCCCGGCCCGCUCCGCAGCCCGAGCCCGCCGCUCGCAAAGCACGACACCACCGCACCUGCGUCUGCCGCGGUCGACGCAGCACCGGCCGCGGCGGCACUAUCAUCGAAGGUCGAAGGGGAGGCGCAGGAGGCGCAGGACGUCGUGCUGCCACCAGCCCAACAGCAGCAACAACUACCGACGCCCGAGCUGACGCCGACGGGCGAGGGCCCCGCGGGCCCCGGCGCGGACGGGGUGAUGGACGUGGAUGACGAUGACGGGAUCCUUGGUGGGGCACCCCCGAGGACGCCGACACCGCCGCCUGGCGGCUGUUCGCUCGAAGACAGGUGGGACGGCGGCGCGGAGAGCGGUUCCUUGCUGUUACUGCUGCCGAGCUCGUCGCUCUCGCCGGUGGUGGAGGACGUAUCGCCUGCUGUCGAGGUCGUCAGCAGCGGGCCCGUCGAGCCUCCUUCGCGAGGCGGGUCCGUCGUUCCGAUCGACGCCGAGCCUGUUCAGAUCGAUGUUGAGCCCGCUCAGAUCGAUGUCCCUCCGAUCCAGAUCGGUGUCUCUCCUGUCCGGAUCGACGGUUUCCCCAUCCAGAUCGACAACUCUCCCACCACCACCGUCGUCGCCGCCGCCACUACCACUAUCCCCACCACUAAGCUUGACGAAAGCAACGACGACUCGCCCGCGAAGCCGCCGAGCUUCCCGCCGAGCCCGUCCCCGUGCGACGACUCCCCCGUGCGCGCCGCGUCGGUGUCGCGCGCGUCGUCGCCCCUGUCGGACGCAGAGGAAGAAGAGGAAGAGGGCGAGCUGCCCGUCGUCGCCGUCAUAGCGCGAGAGCGGACGCGGACGCCAACGCCGCCACCGAGACUGCCGUCACGUGCGUCCUCACACGCGCCCUCCAGAGGACACUCGCGGGCACCCUGUACUGCUGCGCCUUCGCGAGCGCCAUCUGCUGCUGCUGCUGCUGCUGCUGUUGUUCCGUCGCAUGUUUCAACUGCUGUGCCCUCUCGCGCCCCGACCGCCGCGCCCUCCCGCGCCCCAUCCGCGCUCGCGAUGCACACCGCCGUGUCCGUCCUGCUCGCGCAACACGCACACUCGCACGCACACUCACACUCGCACUCGCGGUCGCGGUCGGCCUCGCGCGCGUCGACGCCGCGGUACGACCCGACGGAGAACGACCUGCUGAGCAGCCCGCUGAGCCCCGCGCCGAGCAGCAGCCCGUCGCUGCCGCCGGGAAGCCCUGCCAUGCGCGCGGAGCCUGCGCCGCUCACGCGCGAGGACAGUGUCCGGGUCGAGGACGAGGACGUGCUGCUGCCGGUCGUCGAGAACGAGAGAAAGCGCGCGCUUCCGGUGCGCGAGGUGUCGCGGCCGGUGAAGAAGGCGCGAACGGUGUCGCCUGUACUUUGUCCUGGUGAGGGCUCGGGGGAGGUGGUGCAGGUCAAGACGGCGAAGGUGGUGGUGAAGGAAGUAGCGACGCAGGUGGCGAAGGCAGUGAAAGAGCCGAAGGAGGCGAUGAAGGAGGCCCCGAGGACGACGGGCACGAGGGUCGAGGUGCGCGCUACCCGGCCCGCGAAGUCUGUCCCGUUUGCGAAGGCCCCUGGCAGCUGCGCGUCGAAGCCUGCUUUUGCGCAACCUGUCGUCAAGCCGUUUGCCCCCGUCAAACCCGCUGCCGCUACUGCGCCUGCCAUUGUUCCCACUGCUGCACUGAAGCCCAAGGUCGCCGCGCCUGCGCGUACGCCGUCGCCCGCAGACGAAGAUCCGGAGCCCCGCGCGUCGUCUGAGAAGCCACGGUCGAAAGGACGGCCCAAGCGUGGGAAGCGUCCGCGGACGAGCGAGUUCGUGUUCAGCGAUUCGGACGAGGAGCCCGUCUCUCCUGUUACCGCGCCUAUCUCGACGGAUGUCCACACGAAGUCGAUUGCCUCUACCUCGGCCUCCGCAUCGCUGACCUCCUUACCUGAGCCUAAAGUGAAAAAGCGCAAAGCCACGACACCGUUGCCUGACUCUGGGGAAAGCGGAGACGAGGAAGAGGUCGUCCCACCACCACCACGGCGGAAGUCGAAGAAACGCUCGCCAAGUCUCGCUGCUUCGUUGUUCGACGAAGAGGAGUUUACAGAGGCGCACGCGUCAUCGUCGAAGCGGCGCCGGCGCGAGUCGUCCUCCAAGCCUGCGAACGCGCCGAGCACCACGUCGAGGCGCAGGUCGCGCCGUGCGAGCCACGGCGAGGAGACCGGCGAGGACCUGACGAAGGUCGACUGGGAACGCGAGAGUCCGCUCCCGCUGGACGAGCUCGAGGGCAUGGUGAUCGAGACGCUCGCCACGUCGCGCGCGACGAGCAUGAGCUGCGAGGUCCUCUGGCGCGCGCUCGUCGGCGGGCGGCCCACGCUCGGGCAGAUGGUGCGGCAACGUGCUGCGGCCGACAUCGUCGACGACAGCGGCAUCGUGAAGAAGGAGGAAGGCGUGCCCGACCUCGGCGACGCCGCGCAGGAAGAGGAGACGAAGCCGUCGGCGAGCGCGGCGAUGAGCAGGGCCGAGUGGCUGCACCUGCUCACGCACAUCCUCUCGUCCGGACAGGUGCGCACCGGUCUCUUCGGGCGCGUCGAGAGCAGCGCGAGCGACAGCGACGCCGCAGGGCCCUCGCCGCACUCGCCGCGGAAACCGGCCGGCGCCCAGCAGCGCCCCGUCGACCCGUCCCUGCUGACUGCGCCUGCACCGCCCGCACAGAAGCCGCCACCGCUGAGCCCUGGGCGGAAGCGGCUCUCGUUCAAGUCAGCGCUGCGCGCACACUGGUACUACGUCCCCGAGCGCGACGCGGACCGGGAGCGGGCGCAGGUGAUCCGGAGCAUGAUGCGCGGGCCCGGCAAGCGGAGCGAGACGAUGAAGUACAAGCAGUACUACUGGAAGCCGCUCGCGAAGAUCACGCGGUGGGACCGGGAGGACGAGCUGUAGUCGCGGGGUGUGGGGACUGACUCUUGUUGGCUGUGCUGUGUCGUUCUUGUUUUUUUUUGGAGAGUUUUGGAGAGUGUUUCCUUGUAUGGAUGUUUUGAUACUCGUCGUUUUUGUCCUUUUGUGUCUUCUUUCGUUUUGUUGCGCUGCAGGCUGUACCACGCUAUCUUUUAUCUCAGUCUAAUAGCAUCGUGAAUAUUAAUCGUCUUCGCGCCCGGCGGCGGCGUGUGGAGUCUCAAUAUGCCCAAUGGUCGGACGGGAAGGUGCGUGACUAUGGGCAUUAUCAAUUCCGUGCUCGAAGUUGUGGCGGGACGUAUACAGGUGGUGGCAUAGUGAGCCGCGAGAGGUG